UCUAGUAUUGAUGUUGUUUUAUUAGAUCUAAGCUUCAAAAAAGUUGGGUGUUUAUCAGUAGAGCUUGUAACUGAUAAGAACCCUGAGUUUCGUUGGCUUUGAGAAAUUAGGGUUUAUGUUCCACAGGUUGACGUGAAGCUUAUGAUUGUCAUUUACUUGUACUUUUAGCAGUCUAGGCGUUAGCUGAUUUGAAAAAAAGAACUCUGUAACUUUCUUUCACCACUGUGCUUUCUCUCUCUCUCUUUCCUUUCAGUCUGAUCUCUGUGUUCCCUUUGUUUUUUUCUUCUGUUUUAUAUUCGUUGUUUUUUGUUUUGUUUUGUUUUAUAAUUUAUACCCUCCUGAUCGUUGAACUUUUGUUAAAAGCUAGCCUUGCAUGCGUUUGGUUAUGGAUACGAGCAAGUUUAAACCCGAACGGCAUAUAGCACAACAAAGCCGACGAGAUAAGUUGAGGAUCAACCAGUUGGAGGAUUUCCCCAACGGUUUGGAGCAAGGUUCCUCGGUUCAUUCGGGGCCGAACCCAGAUCUUGUUCAAGUUCGUAACGAUAGGAACGCUAAUUUGCUUUACGACCCAACUGCUGUUUCUUCAGGUUUCAUCCAUGUUCAUCCAUGCUCUAAAGCCUCUGGUGACCUACAAAGUUGUGGUGAUUUGAUGGUGGGUUAUUCAAGGGGAUUAGCCGGUACAGAAAACGAUCAAAACCCUAUGCUUGUUGGGGAAGUGUUGUCAAGUAGUGCAAGGGAAAGCAACAUAUGUGCAGUUAUGCAGUAUCCCGUGACUGAAAUUUGCAGCCAUGACAGCAAAAGGCAUUGUGGGGAACUGCAGUUCGUUUCAUCUGCACUUUAUGACGUUGUUAAUACACCAUCUGUGGGUACUCAGGGACCAGAAAUGGCUUCUAUAGCACAUCAAGCAAGUGCUUUGCAUUUUGAUAACGCUGGUGCUUGGACGAGUAGGUCCCUCUUAGAGCAUUGUCCACAGUGGGGUGAUGCUUCUAAUACUACCCAAGGGCUAUCUCUAACUCUUUCGUCGAACCCCGAAUCAAAAAAUCGUGGUUCGGCUCAAUUCACAGAGGAUCAGUGUGGUUUUCAUGCCUUUAAUUCGUUUCCGAAGCCGUCUAUAAUCAGUAAAGGUAGUGGAAGUUCGACGUGCGUACACCCUCUCGGUCCAUUCACCGGAUAUGCAACUAUUCUUAAGAAUUCAAAGUUUCUUAAACCGGCACAAGAACUGUUGGAUCAAUACUGCCAUAUGACCAAUUCAAAGCUGGGUAAAGUUUGUGUGACAUCGGAGGGUGCCUUCGAUGGCGUCGGCUAUUCAGCCUCGGCUGAUACUGCCAAUGCAACUGAUAUUGCUGAUGGAGCUAUUAAGGAAAAUAUAUCGGUGGCUUCUGUCUCCGGUCUUUGCAGCUCUAAUGAAAUUAGUACAGCUGAUGUUGGCAUUUGGAGCGGCUCUUGUAGGCCUGACUAUCAACAGAAGAAGGCAAAGCUUUUAUAUCUGCAGGAGGAGGUUUGCAGACGAUACAAACUAUACUAUCAGCAGAUUCAAAUGGUGGUUUCUUCUUUUGAAUCCGUAGCUGGUCUUAGUGCUGCCACUCCCUAUAUUUCCUUGGCUCUUAAGACAGUAGAGCGGAACUUUUGGCACCUAAGGAACGCUAUCUCGGACCAUGUCAAGCACUUAUCGAAAGCCCUGGGGGAGGAUUUAUUGUCCCCAACUACCGGUGCUAGCAAUAGCAAAGGUGACAUGAAUGUAUCCAGACUGAAGUACGUGCUUAAGAAAUCUGGUGGGGUUAACCCGGGCUUCCAUGAACCCCAACAACAAGGCUGGAGGCCCCAAAGAGGCCUACCAGAAUGUGCGGUGGCAAUCCUUAGAGCUUGGCUCUUUGAACAUUUUCUUCAUCCGUACCCCACAGAUACGGAUAAGCAUAUGCUGGCCACUCAAACUGGUCUUUCUCGAAACCAGGUGUCUAACUGGUUCAUAAAUGCACGAGUUCGUAUUUGGAAACCAAUGGUCGAAGAAAUACACAUGCUUGAGAGCAAAGGAUUGGCAGAAAGCAAUCAGAGCUCUAGCAAAAUUGAUGCAAAAUCUACAAGUUCCAUUCGACCCAACGAAGACCUAUCCAUCAACAGCUCAUGUACAAAUGCAACACCGUGCAAGCAAUUGGCUUGCUCAGAUAUGGCUGCUGUUGGGACCACGGGAGAUGCACAUGAUGUUGAACGCUGGUAUUACGAGAAACGUUCUAGUAUGGAUUUUCGAAUCCCAACAAGCUUGGAUGGUGCCAUGAUGAGUUUUGCACCCUACGAGCAAAGUAGGCUCGAGAUGGGGGGGCUUGGAGCCGUGUCACUUACCUUGGGACUCAGGCAUGGCAUAGAAAGUGCACAAGUACUCCAACCACAUCCGCAGCAAUAUCAACUGCACGAGGAUCAGGAUCAGCUUCGGCUGCAAUUUGGCGGCGGCCAAAUGGUUAACGACUUUGUCGGUUGAGCUUAUUUUGGUCUUACUAAAGUUGAAAUGAAUAGAGCGGUGGCAGCCUAGCCUAGCUAUUCCUUACAAUAAGUUUUCAAAAUGUGGCAAAACUGCUAAUACACGGUUGCUGGCCAGCUUGAACGGAUUUGUUUGUGAUACUAACACAGUUGAAUGAAAGAGGUGACAUUUAUGUGGAGAAAUGGAGAGCAAUCAUGUUAAUAAAUAGUUUGUAGCACUCUAUUUGUAAUGCAGUUGGUUUGGAUUUGUGUUGGUAUUAGUACUUCAGAUAAUUGAUGUAUCCUCUUAGCAUCCCAACAAGUUCAUGUUCCCGAUCAAGUCACCAAUUCAUGGCCAAAUCCUAUUAUGUCAAGAUGGGGUUUCCUCUGGUAUCAUGUGGUCACAGCUCUCACAAGCUGGACGGCUGUGAAUGUGUUUUCUAAAAUGUCCGACUGAGGCUUGGCUUCGUUAAACAUGAUAAUUUGUGGUUUGGCAGUGUUGAAAGAGGGGUGUAUUGGAUUGUGACUCACUAUAGCUAUUGAACUUGACACUCAACUUCAUUCUUUAGCCGAGUCACCAAUUCACUAUGCAUUCUAA